GCUUUAUAUACCCCCACUUUUUCAUCUAUCAAACUAAGACCAUACUCGUUAGGAUCAUUUCUACAGUAUGUGUCCCACCUUAGUCUUCUAAACAAGACAACCGAUUCAGGCACGAUGAUGAGGAUGUCCUUUGUUCCUGAGCAUGAAACUCGCUUCUCACGAAGCUUUGAUGACUGUUCACCCUUUGGCUUGUCCAUCGGGGAGGGAGCAAAGGCAGCCUGAGUGGCCCAUUACCAAAAAAUAGUUUUAACAAAAUCAAUCCACUACAUAUCCCAUAUUGAUUCCGUUUUGGCUUUGACGCAUGCUCGAGGAUUACAUAGUAAUAUUAUGUCCACAAUGUGUUAGUAUUAUUAUUCCAUAUACGGAAAUGGUGUAGACAGCUGCUGAUGUAGUAAGCUUUUACAUUAUUUAUCCUUUAGCUUUGUACUGUUCACUUCAACCUUACAUAGUGCUAAUAGUAAUGUAUUUAAGAUGUGAACGUUAAAUAUUUAUCCGCACAUGACAUCAUCUUUAAAAAUAUGCUGCCAAAAGUGAAUGAAACAAUUAGAUAAUUAGAUAAUGACCCAAUUAAACAAACUUCCACCCUGUAGCACAAUGUUAGGAGUAUCGGAUUACAGCCAAACAGCCUGGCUAGAAUUCCUGACCGACUUGGAGGACAGCGUGUUAGUUUGCGACACCUCAGCGCUGGAGUUGGCGCACUGGAGUGUAACUGUUCCACUUCUGUUGGAGAGGUACAAGGUGGUUAAUGUGCACCACAUAUCUGAUAAGGUGGUGGGUUAUGAGUCUACCAGUAUAUUCUUUCUUCUCGGUGAUCCUGGCUCGCUACCGACCCUCACUAAAAUGUUAGAAAGAUGGGUCGACUCCAAAACACAACUAGUAACAGCAAUCUCUCUCCUCAGUCUUAACUCACUCCGAGUUAUCUCCGGUAAAGACAGCCCAGACUGCUACUACCUAGACCAGCUCUCAAAUCUGGGCAACCUCUACCCUAACACCAUCUUUAACUUCACCGUGUCCCCUUUAUCUUGUUUCUCUUUCACUGACCACACCUUCAUUACUCCUUCAUCUCGGGACUUGUUCCCGCUCACUCAGCCCGACCUAGCUGCUCUUACUUCCUGGUUAAAAUCACGUGGUGACAACAGAUCACCCGAGUCUGGGCAGGUGAUCACCAUGGCGAUGUUACCGAGACCGCUCCAGCAGCAGAUCAAAGUGCUUGCAGAGGAGUUGGGGUGCUUGUUUGAUGAACUGGGUGUAGCAGAGGACUGUUACUCGGUGGGGAGUAUGUCCAGGGUACUGGCUGACCAUUUGGUUGCUACUGCGGGGAGUAGACCUUCAAGGAAACUUGCUCCGGGUAAAGUGAAUGUUGUGUUUGUGGACAGAACUCUGGAUUUGUUUAGUGCUACUAGUUUCGAAUCAAACAACGCUGCAAACCUCUUGUUUAACAACUCUGACGAACUGUUUUCUGGUUCAAAUGAUGUUAAAGUAGAUCUAAGACGCUUGUUCAACAAGCAAGAAACAGAUGUUGUAAUUAACGGUUGUAUAGCUGACUCCAAAUCAGCAGUACCCAUCUCCACCCUUCUUACAACAGAUCACACUACCCUAACUGACGAGAUACUGAGCUCUCUAGAGGGCCAGAUCCAGCUGGAUCCCGACACUCUGGAGAGUAGGGACUUGUCUGCAAUCCUGCCUGAAACUGACACAUUCUCCAAAUACCAGAACUUCAUUCACUUCCAGGUGCUAGCUGCUAUACUGGGCUGCCAAGAAAAAGGGUGCAAUGAUAUUACCAGAUACCUGACUUCAGCAGACUUAUCCCUUCUCUGGACUACUCUGGAGGAUUCUGUCUUGGUUGGGCAACUUGCCAACUCAAUCCUUGCAUCAUUUCAAGAUAACCCCACACUAACACCAGAGCACAUAAUCACACUACUCACACACCUAUACACUCUGUUCGGGGGGCUCAUCGACCAGUUCUCUGACACUGACGCUAUUGAGCUAGCUAAACUGAAGAACCUGUUCUUCAAACGUCUCCAGUCCUCCAACUCUCCUCUCAGCACCUCUCUAACCUCCUCUUGUAAAACUGAGGAGGAGACCCACAGUAAAAUAGACACGAUAUUCAGCAGAUUGGAGAGCUUGUCUCAGGACAGGAGGAAUCUGUCCCAGCUCGCUGAUCUGACCAACAAGGAAUCCGGGACCCCUCAGUACACCUCCCUACUCCAACAGAUCAUAGAACUGAGUCUGGAGAGUGAGGAGGACCUGGUGGAUGUAGAGUACAGAUCAGGAGGGUUGAGAGACCUGCUGAAGACAGGGUUAGGACUCUUCACCAGGGCGGUGAGUAAACCGCGGCCGGCAGGGUGUGUGUUGGUGUACGUGGUGGGCGGGGUUAGUGUGGAGGAGGUGGGCUGGGUGGAGGAGUACAGGAGGAGGACGGGGAGGGAUGUUUAUCUGGCUGGAAACUGUGUGCUCAGUCAUGACAAGCUGGUCAGGAGACUUUUAGUUAAUGAUAACUUGUUUGGGGUGUAGUGUGCUGUGCAAAUAGUGGGUUUUUAUAUGGUUAUCAUUUCGGGAUCUGAUGAUUUUUGGCAUUUUGAUGAUUUUUUCUUAGAACGUAUAUGUUAAAUUGUGAUGACUCCGAUUGUACAUUUUGCUUUAGCUGUUAAAAAUUCUUGUGCUUUUACAUUUGAAGUUAUGUUGAUUAUUCCAAUUGUUGAACAUUCCCUUUGUGUCGAUAUGUUUGAAAUUGUACUGUGGCAAUAAUACUAGCAUUCUUUGUUUUGUUUUGUUUCACACUGAAGAUCAAGUUAAAUAAUCUUCAAGGUUAUAAGAAAAUAACUUACAGGGAGCUGUGAAGUGUGGUGACAUAUGCUGAUCAAGUCAUUAAAUUAUGAUAAAUAUUUGAAAUUUAAUCUCUUGUAAAUUUCUGCGGACAUAAAAAUAACUCCUAGGAACCAAGAUGUAGAGCAUACAAAUGUAGAAAAAGAAUGGAGAUCCGACUUUUUACGAGGGAAGAACUUUGGAGCCUGUUGGAGACCCAAAAAAAUAUUUACUCGAGAUAUGCGAUAGUAUCUGACUCGGAGAUACAGAGUAAAAUGCCCGGGGUUAUCAGGAGGGAGCUCCCCAUGAUGUGGCUACUUGAUUCUACCAAGGUCGACAUGUUAAACCUCCUCUCCCACACAUCUGACACCGGCUGGUUCUGCUCCGUCAGAAACUCCACUCUGUCACUGACUCUGACCAAAUCCUUGUACACCGAAUGUGGUCUCCAGUGCAAGAAAACACGUGACGUCACAAAAACGCGUGAUCUUUUCGUGUUCUCGUGUGAUCUGAGCGAACUGUCUGCACACAAUCGAACCAAGCUGACGUACUGUUUCACAAAUGUUCUGAAACACGAUUACUCGUGGUACUUCAGUGACUUCACACCAGCCAGCCAGGUAUCCAAAUCAACUGUUCAAGUGCCCAGUUUCGAUAGACACAACAGAAGAUCUCCAAGAAGUGGUAGACAGUGUUGGAGCUCAGCUCCUCCGCAUAACCCCUGGAUCUCACGACAGUGCUGUAAACACUCUGACCUGGGAGCAGCACCAGAGCUCGGUCCCCUGCUGGUCCUAUCACAGUGACUGUUGUGCUACUGGGUCAGAUAUUGUGCACAUGAUACGGGAUUACAAGGACAAUGUUAGGUUUCUUAAUUUAGUGUUGCUAUGGACUACAUCUGAGAGUUCUAAACAUGUUACGUGUUAUUUUAGCGGCUCUGAUGAUGUUUAUCUGUUACAGUAUGAUGUUAGGUAGCACCUUCGGAGACAAAAGAACUUCUUAGCAGGGGUUUCUAAAUCAUAGGAUAUUUUUAUUUGAUGACACCGAUAGACUUUUAACUUUUAUCGUAACUUAUUACUUAAUUUUCUGUAUUAAUUUAUUACCUGUAACCAGAAUAUGUUA